AUGAAAUAUCUAUUUUUCGCAGCAUCGAUGGGACUUGUGCUGGCGCAAAACCCUGAUAUCAUUCCUGAAUGUGCACGACCGUGCAUAGAACGCGCAACGGCCUCCAGCUCUAGCUGCGAAAUUGGCGGUUAUUAUUGUGCUUGCGCGAACCUCGGACCAAUACAAGCGGCGGCAACAUCAUGCGUCGUUACUAACUGUGGGACUGGCAUCGCCCUGUCCGAUGUCGUUCCAGCAAUCCAAUCUCUGUGCCAAAGCAUCGGAUCCGGGCCCUCAACUUCAAUCUCAGGAGGAAAUGGCCCCCCCAAGACAACUAACGAUGGUGGGGUUUCCACACCAUUACCAACAGGAAACAAAAGUAGUGGAACAGUCCAACUUCGAUGCACAGGUUUGUUAGGGAUGGUUGGGUUGAUGAUUCUAGCCCUCUGUGGCUAG